UUGUGUUCCACAAACACUUAUUCUGUAAGCGAUGAUGUGUUUUAUCUUUUACAAUACCAAUUACCCUGACAGCGUGUCAUCUUUCAUUGGCCUUUGCCAGUGCCAAAUUACAACGACCGGACAAAGCAUUCAGUUCUACUCAAUUGACAUUCGUCUAGAGAAGUACGGCAAUGAAUGUAAACAAACACUCAACAUUACUGAUUCUAAUGGUUUUACAUUGUUGGACUGUGCGUCAGCUACAAUCUUCAAUGUUACCAAGGCUGCAAAGACCCGCGCUGUUACAUUGACGUUCAAAAACGAUUUGCCGGAAGAUGGUGGAAACAUAUGGAUUGGGUUUUCCAGUGAGGAGAAAGAGACUUUAAGAAUAGAAUGUGGAUAUCAAAUGAAACAAGUAACGACUGAAUCUUCAACACAUAAUGAAGUUUCAAGUGCUGAUCCAGACGGUACAAUCACAGCAAUACAAAGUCAAACUUCAACAACGACUUCAAUAACUUUAACCCCCACUGGUACUUACAUUCAUCAGUAUUCUGAAAGUGACAGCGGUCACUUUGACACAUUAUCUGAAAGAACAGAUACCUUUGAUGUUACUUCUACUAUAAUCGAAGCAACAAAAAUGUACACUUCGAAAGAAGAAUCAGUGGCAACGUCUUACUUACAAUCAUCACUUUCAAAGAUCACCACAACAGCUUUUGUGUCAUCAACAUUUACUGCUUCCAGGACGUCUCAAUAUUCUACAACUUUUGUCAACGUAUCCAAUACAUCUCGGUCUCCUUUGUUAACUCAAGACAUGUCUUCAGGCUCAUCAAACUCCCAAUCGAGGACAAGUACCUCUAUAGAGCUUAUUUCACCUACAACGUCUUCCAGAAAUUACCAAACUUCAUCAAAUGCAGGCACCUUAUCUGACCAGCAAACGAUUAUUAUCAAAGAUUCUUCUGGAUUAACUGUCGUGUAUGUAUUCUUGGGAUUGAUUCUCACUUGUCCUGACAGGUGCAGUUAUCUAUCUCUUGGUGCGUAAGAGAUGUACCGAUCAAGCG